CACUGAGCAGCACGGUCUGUGCCGGUGACGCAGUCGGUUGCUAGGUGUGAAUGAACUGAUGCUUUCUCACAAUUAAGCAGCCCCUCAGUUUACAGGUCGACCACAACAAAGCAACAACUCGUCCUUUUUGCGCCGUCCCGGAUAUUCCGAGCUAAAAUGGCUCUUUAAACUCGUGAAGUAGUCGGACCCUAAGAGAAUUCGUGCUUUGCUUUAGCAACGCACCCCCAAGUGCUCUACCUUUUUCUUCUGCAAGAAUGGAGUUUCAUUAUGCUCACCCAGCCCUGCUCUCUGUGGCCCAUCUGUCAGACCCUGCUCGCUCACAGCAUAUGCUUGGACUUGGACUGAAUCAAAGCGCCAACAGACAAUAUGAUGGCAACAUCAGCUCCUGUUUGGAAGACUCUUCGUGUCUGCCCGGCAGACCCCCUCGCUCUCUCUCACCCACAGGCUAACCACAGCCAAUCACAGGGGUGCAGGGGGGAGGUGUCAGAGGAGAGUCAGCACUUAAUUGGUGAUGGUCUCACUGACUGGAUGACGGAAGAAGUGGAUUUCUCCUCGUACCUCCCAAACCCUCCUUCCCCUCCCUCCUCCACCAAUGCCUCCCUUCCCCCUUCACCCCUUCAGAAUGAUAUCCAGGUGCCCUCUGACUUGGAGGUCAUGACCUCUCUGCUGCAAGAGGAACUCGCCCAACUAGAGGACUACUUCCUGUCUGAACCACUGCCAGAGAAAGGGCCGAGGCUGGGAAAAUGCGACAGGGGUCCACUGCCGGCGGGUCCUCAGCCGUUCAGUCAGCUGCCAUACGCAUCAUACUCGACAUCCAACCAAUCGGAAUCCAGCCCCCUCCUUGUUACCCUGGCAACCGGAGAACUGGACCUGCUGAGUAUCUGUGGCGGGCCCAUUGGGCGAUCCAAAAUUCCAAGACACGCCCCGUACAGCUGCAGUCGCCCCAGUGGGUGUGUUAGAAAAAGAGUUCCUGAUGGUGUGAGGUUCAGUGAAGGCUACGAUAACAGUUUGUUGAGUUCCAAAGGAAGUAACUCAGGUAACUCGGCGGUGACCCUGACCAGUAACUAUGGCUGUGUAGAGGACGAGCAGUUGGUGGGGAAGAGCUACUGUCUGGGCAGUGCAGUCGAGGUCAGAAGAUGCGCCGUUCUACCAAAAGAAGAGAAAAAUUGCUGCUUCAGCCAAGAUGUCAUAGGUGGUACAAAAGUUGUUGGUGGUGGAUUUGGCUUUGGCGGAUCACUUGAGGUCCCGCACAAGAAAGAGGAUCUGCUGAUGUAUAGCAUGAGGGAGGUCAGCGGAGGCACUGGUACCAACGAGGUGCUGAAUAGUAUCAAAGCUAGUGUGGAGGUGACAAAAGCUACCGUUUCUUGGAAAACAGAGAGCAGUGAAGGUUGUUAUCUCCCAACGACGCCGCAGUCUGAGGCCUAUCAUAGCUUCUUAGGUAACAUCAACGAACAGGUGAAAUCAGAAGGUCUACAGAUCGCGCAGCAUGAUUUACACUGUAAUUUCCUGGAAGAUCAGGGCCCAGAGUGUCUUUUAAUGGCUAGGGAGAGUUUGAACUUAGAGUCUGCAGGUCACAGGCAAGCAUGCAGGUUGAAGGAAGACCACUGUGCUUUGAAAUACGAAGAGGACCUCAUUCCAGCCGAGGGCGGCGAGCGCAAACAGAAGAAGAGAGAUCAGAACAAAACUGCCGCUCACAGGUAUCGCCAGCGAAAAAGGGCGGAGCUAGAUUCUUUGGAGGAACAGUUGCAUUGCCUUGAAGGGAGAAACCGGGAGCUCCGGGACAAGGCAGAGUCCGUAGAACGUGAAAUCCAGUAUGUCAAAGACCUGCUGAUUGAAGUUUACAAGGCCCGUAGCCAAAGGCUCAAGCAGGACACAACAGCGUAACAUCAACUCCUGCAAGUACACUCACAGAGGGCGUAACAGGGAAAAUUUGGUGUCUUUAAGAUUGUCCAGAAUUGAAUGUUCAAUUUUUUUUUUCAUGACGGGCGGGGUAAAUGCAUGCUUUGCUAAUGUGAAUUAUUUUUUACAUUUUAAAUCAACACUCUAUCCAAUGCUUCCAUUGCUUUCGCACUCGAAUCACUUGAGCCUGCACUGUGGCAUUGCAAUGCUUUAAAUGACAAUCAUUUUAAUAGAUCUCGCACUGCGCUGAUCUACUAAUUGAAAUACAGUUAUUUCUGAAAAAGUAAUGUUGUUCAUUAUGCAGGUUUAAUAUUUUUA